UUUCAAGGGGGUGUUACAUGUUGUGACAUCGAACCAUCUCUCUCUCUCUCGACACGGGAAUGAAGCUAGUAUAAACAAAAAGAGGGGCUUCCACUCGACUGACCAUAAAAAUGCCAGGUUGCGCAGCUGUCGGUUGCAACAAUCGUAGUGAGAAAGGAUACAUCAUGAAGUGUUUCCCUCGCGAUCCGAAAUUGAGAAAACUCUGGCAGGAUCGCGUCGCUAGAGCCGACUGGGAACCAUCCAACAAUUCCUUUCUUUGCCACGUGCACUUUGAACCUGAGGAAUGGUCUAUAACUCAAACUGGUAGGGUCCGACUAAAGAAGAAUGCUAUCCCAUCUAUCUUCACUGUGACGUCAACCAGAAAAUCACCCAAGAAACGCAUCAAGUUGACAAAUAAAAAGGAAUAUGAAAACGAUUAUAUGACCGAGUCUUUGGAGAACGAUACGGAACAUUCGUCGACUGGUCACUUGGAAGAAAAGGAUUCCGAUUCGCAGGAUAUUGACAAUCCUGUGCAGUCACUUGUAUAUCCACAAAUAAGUCAUCCAAUUAAGCUGGAGAAUAAACAGGUGUCUUACGGGCAAUAUAUAGAUAUUACUGACGAUGUUGAGCAAGAGAAUAUUAUUAUAAUUUCAGACGAUAACAAUAUGAAGAUGGAGAGUAACGCCAAAGAGGACGACGCUGAGGAGCGAGCAGGCGCUGGCAAUGGAAACUACAUCGGUAAUUUUGUAGCCAAGAGAAAUUCAACUGGUAACCAGAAUGAGAGGAACGUUGCUGUUAAGACAGAGAUAAAACGAGACAUCGAUCAAGUGUUGAACGAUGAUUACGAUGAAAUAGAGGAGAAGCUGAAGCAGAUUUGCGACGGUCACCGCGAGGAGAAGAACGCAUCUGAUAUCCAGGAAUUGAACUCGAUCUCUAGAAAUUGGAAGGGAACUUUGGAGAAAACGCAAAUGCCAUUGCACAAGGGUAUAAAUUACAAGUAUUCGCCGAAGAACGAAAUUGGAAAUAUGCUUACGGACGAUAGAGAUAACAUCGAAAUUAUCUUUGGCAGUGAAAGCGGGGAAGAAUUUGCACGCGUUCCUAGGUGUACAUUUUAUACGAGUGGGACUAACGACGACGAUAAGCAGGAUCAACGUACCACGUCGACAAACCUCACUAAUAAUAUCGUUAAUAAUAAAGAGACGGUUGAAAGAUAUACGGAAGAAGCUGUCAACGGAGAAAAUGUGUCCAACGUAAGGAUCCCCCCUGUCAAGUGUAAACUGAGAAUUCGGGAGCAAGUUGUCAAGUCUAGAAAAAGUUCACUUCAAAAUCUCUAUUUCCAUGAUAGAAAUUCGAUGAGUAGAAGCGAUACUUCGGACAUGGUCGAUAUGGCAAAUCAAGUAAAAGAGGAACUGAAUGAAUCUGACGAUAUUACGCGAUAUAAUAAAGACGAUGUCGCGUUAGAUACGACACAAUUUACGGUGAAGGUGACGGGUGAUCGCGAGGAUGUAUUUGAUAUUAUGCAAUAUUUAGGUACAAAGACAAAAGAUUUUACCAUUGAAGAACACAAUAACGCUUGUUUACAGCAAAAUGUUACAUCUAUCAUAACGAUAGACGAUUGUCCGAUAGAAAGGAGUUUUACAGACAGGCGCAACAACGAUGUCUUUUCGCCGAGCACCGCAAGUAUCGCCGCGAGAGAUAAUGAUCAAUUCGCUUUGCCAAUUUUUAAAAAUGACCAAUGUCCAACUACAAGGUUACCGCGUGUGGAGCAUUUGAGCAUAGAUGACAGCAUGAUUACCGAACGAUCGACCGCCAAUGUAUAUAAUAAAUGUGAAUACGAGAAAUUACAACAAAAAGUGAAACUGCAAGAGACUGUUAUCAAACGAUUAACCAAUCAACUUCUUUUACUUAAGGAUUUGGAGAAAAAGCUGCUGAGUAAAAAUUUGCUGCUUCGCGCCAAGACGAAGAAGAUGGAGAAACAGUUGAACGAGUUGAACAAAAGUGGAACGGAUGGCAUAUCGUGUUCGAUAAACUACAAGCAAACGGACAUGAAACAGAAGUUGAUCUACGAUCUGUCCAACAGAAUGAGUAAUCUUGAAGAGUCCAAUAAAAAAUUAAUGAAAACCAUAACUAUAGAGAGUCAGCAAAAGAGGCAGCUGGAAAGUCAAAUCAAGCAGAGAGACAAACGAAUAAAAGAGCUCAACUGGAAAUUGGAGAAGGCUUCCAAGUACCUCGAGCGAGCGGAGAAGAAUACAAAUACGUACAAGAGGAAAAUGCUCAAUAUGCAAACUUGUAUGAGGAGAAAGAAGCUCUUGGACGGGAAUACCAGUCAAUUUCAUGAAAUCAUGUUAGAUAGUGUGCAGGAAAACUAUACCGAGAAAGUUUUAGCAAUGGCGAUGGAAAUUAAAGAGAUCUGCGGUACGAGUGGAUACACAAAGUUGUUAAAUUUCGGAUUUCCCUUUCCAACGUUGUCCGCUUUGGAAGCUCCCCCGAGUGACAGCAUCUCAGAUUCCAGUAAAACUAACGACGGCAUUCGGCGAGCGAUCUCUUUAAAACAAGACACGAGAACGCACGACACUCAUUGUCAGCCUAUGGGAAAUAACGUGGAAAUUGAUGCAAGGUGUCAUCACGCGGUUAACGAAACGUCGCUGUGCGGAGAAAUCGCGACGGACGGUAUGGAAACUGUAACAGGCACGGUUCAAGAUAUUUUUGAGGAAAGCAAUGACGACGUGGAUGAUUUUAGUACAAAUGAAUUGAGAGAACAUUUUAUUUUACAAUUAAACGCAGUUAUAUAAUUAUUGCCUGUAAUUGUGUGUAAUACCUUUUACCUUCGAAAUAUAUAACAACAACAACGUGUAAAG